AUGCUGAAAGUUAUUCGCACCUUGGACUGUGGCUCGUGUCCUAUCAGUUCCACUGCUUUCUCAUCGAACGGAAGAUUAUUUGCAACGGCUUCCGAAGACGGGGUAAUCAGGCUUUGGCAUCCCAACGAAACAUUGCCGCCGCAGAAAUUUCGCCAUGAAGAGGUUUAUUGCGUAACCUUUUCACCAAACAACGAGCUACUAAUAUCGGCUUCAGAGGACGACGAUUGGACGGUCUGGCUUUAGAAUGUUAAGAAUAGAACUGUGCAAGAGAAACUUGAAGGUUACUUUUAUCCGGUCGUUUUCUCACCAGACAGUACGAUACAAGCCUCACGUCUAACGAACGGCGACGUCGAGUUGCGGGGAGCAAUGAAUAAGACGCUCAAAGAGCCUCUUCGUAUCAAACGGAAGCAUGAGAUGCUCGACGGCUGGCCUGAGGUCACAGAACUCGCCUUUUCGCCCGAUAUGACUCUUCUGGCAUAUAAAUACGAUAAUGGAACACUUAAGCUGUAUGAAAUGUCCUCCGAGAAAAUAAACAUAUAUUUUGGCCACAAGGAUUCGGUUAUCGCCUUGGCUUUCUCACAGGAUGGAGGCAUGAUGGCAUCGGCUUCAUACGAUGGGACAAUCAGGCUGCAGAAUAUGGAACAAGCCGGAGACAUGUUCGAGCUACAGGGGAGCCGAGUUCACUCCCCGAAAUUUUCACCGGACGGCAAGCUGCUAGCGUCCGCUUCGUCAGAUGACCAGAUCAGGCUUUGGGAUAUCGCGGAAAGAAAAUUACUUUACGAGAUUAAAGCUACUGGGACUAUCGGCGCACUUACCUUUUCUUCCGAUUCCAUUCGUGUAGGGGUUUAUAAUAGCCAAGCUCAAAGUUCUUAUAAAAUCGAUAUUUGCGAGAUUACUAGAGAAUAA